GGAGCCGCCCAGUAAUGCGCCAGGGCGGGGGCAGGAAGGACCCCUCUGGAGCCUUCCAGACCUCGGGAAGGCUUCCCGCGGAGACCCACUCUUGGAAAGGUUCCGCGACCACGCGGCGAGGAGCACGUGAGCGGCGCGGCUUCUCUAUAAAAACCCCGGGCUCUGCCGAGCGUGAGGCCAGCGGAGCGGCAAGACAGUCACCUGCGCCACCUGAGGCCGGGCGACGGUGACAGCCCCUCCAGGACGCUCAAAAGGGUCCCGAGUUUUGAUGCUUUGCACCCUCGGGGGCCGGGCUCAGUGCGUGAGUCUAACUUUGAGGCCGGAAUUGGCGGCACGUAGGCAAAGAGGCGCCGGCGCCGGUAGGCGUGCGUUCCCCAAAAUGCUGAGGGCUUGUUUGACCUUUAGGAGAGUUGGAGGAGUCAGAGGGAUCUCGGGCUAGUUUCUUUCAUGUUCUCCACCAAGGAGACAGCCACGCGUGCUCGGGAUCGUCCUCAGAGAAGCCCGGGAGGCCCACGGGCAGCCCGCGGCCCCCGCCCCUGCCGCCCAUUAAGCCGCGGGUGAGUUCACCGCCCCGCGGAAGGACGUUCCCAUAAAGUCGGACGCCUUUAACAGAUAAAGUUCGAGCAGCUCUCCUCCGCUCGGUACCCGUCACCUCGGCGACCCCUCUUCCCGCGGCAGGCGCGGACGGGGAGAUGGCCGCGGGCUGGGCGGCCGGCGCGGGAGCUUCCCGGCGCAAAGAGGCGCCGCGCGCGUAGCCACCGCCGCCGCCACCGCCACGCUGACCUCCCGCCGGCUGCUGUGCUGAGCCCCCGGCGGCGGGCGAAGGCUGACGCCCAGAGGGCCGGGAGGCGGCGGCGGCGGCGGCGUCAGCGGCCCGAGGGUCCGUAUGGCCGCCCCGCGCCUGCCGGUGGUGUGCGCCGCGGAGCUCGCCGGCGGCGCCUCGGGCUCGGGGCGGCUCUGAGCCGCGCCGCCUGCGGGGAUCGACCUAGCUGCUCCGCGGAGCCGCGGGCAGGAACCGAGGACCAGGAGGCGGCGGCGGCUAUUCCUCCCAGAGGGCGAUGUGGCCGGCCGGCGCGGGCACCAGGCUGCCCUGUCCCCGGGACUCUGCGCUCCGGCGGGCGGCUUUCUCCGGGAACCUCAACGCCCUGCCUUCUCACCUCGUGCCCGCCGGGCGAAGCGUGCGGGUCUUCAUCAGCGCCAACCCUGAAGACACAGGAGCAGAAAGACAGGCACUAAGAGAAAAUGUGUAUCCUAAAUUGAGAGAAUUCUGCAGAGAAAACUAUGGAUUAGAAUUUCAGGUCAUAGAUCUCUACUGGGGCAUCGAUGAAGACGAGUGGGACAGCCCCGAGCUCCAGAAGACGCGCAUGAAGCAGCUGGAGGAGUGUUUGAAAACUUCCGCAGGUCCAUGUUUUGUUGGACUAUUAGGAGAAAAAUAUGGGAACAUCCGAAUCCCCGGAGAAGUCGAAGCCUCGGAGUUUGAAAUGAUCUUGGAUGCUGCCAUAGAGGCGAAGCUGGAAACGAAGCUCCUGGAAGAGUGGUACUGUCGCGAUGAGAACUCGGUGCCAGCGGCUUAUUACCUCAGACCUAAGUCAGAAAUGCUGCAAAGCAAUAAAAAUGCAAUGCAGCCUUCUGCCAAAGCCAACAAUGAGAAGACCUGGCAAGAGAUAUCAGAUGAGAUCAAGAAGAUAUUCAAGGCUGCUGUAAAACUGUUACAUGAAAAGGGGAAAAUGAAAUAUAGCCAAGCUAAGAGGUACCUGUUCUCAGCGAUAGAGGACGAGUUUGACUUUGCUCUAGGAAAGCAAACUCCAGCAUUCCUAAAGAAGUGUGUCUGCUACAUUCGGAAAAUUGCUAACAUUGAACGUUUUGUGAAAAUCCCAGAGAUGGGAAAGUACAUGGAUAUAACUGGAGCAGAACCAAGGAUUAUGCGGGACGCAGAAGCCCAAGAGAAGCUGAUAAAACUCAGGGAUGAAUUUAUUCCUACUCUUGUUGCGUCAUCUAAUCUGAGAGUGUACACGUCGGUUACUCAUUGCGACAUGAAACUGGGAUAUUCCCAAGAAAUAGAAAAUCAUUACAUAGAAGGACUCGGUAAGCAAUUUUAUGAGGACAUGAUCGAUAUAAUUCAGGCAACCGUUCAGCAGAAUUUUGACACCGAAACUGACACGCUCUACGAUGAAAUCCUCCAGCAUGCGUCAUUAUGUAAGACAUACGCCUCCUUCUAUGAGUACAAAUGUGAGUCUCUCAACAUAGUGCAUAAAUAUGUUCUUCCGAGCAAAACUGGGCACAUCAACCCCCUCGUCAUUUACGGCGGACCAUGUACCGGGAAGACUCUCCUGCUGGCUGAGGUGGCAAAGAAGGCUUAUGGCUGGCUACAUGAAGACACAGGACCAGAAUCUGACCCAGUAGUCGUCGUGAGAUUUCUAGGAACCACAGACAUGAGUACUGACCUUAAGACUCUCCUUCUAAGCGUUUGUGAACAAUUGGCAGUUAACUACCGGUGUCUGGUUCAAAGCUAUCCUAAGAAAAUCCAUGACCUUCGUGACUUAUUUAUAAACCUUUUGAAUGAGUCUUCAUUGCAGAGACCUCUAGUAAUAAUAUUCGAUGCCCUAGAGCAGCUCUCAGAGGGUGAUGAGGCCAGGAAGCUUUGGUGGCUCCCAGCUCACCUUCCCCGCUUUGUUCGAAUAGUCCUGUCCACACUGCCCAAUAGACAUGGAAUCUUACAGAAACUGAGGUGCCUUAUCCAUGAAGAAGCCAACUACAUCGAGCUAAUUCCCCGGGACAGGAAGAUGUGCAGCCAGGUCCUCAAACACCAGCUGCUGCGGGUCAAAAGGAAGGUCACAUCAGGCCAGCAGAUUUAUGUGAACAACGCAUUCUCCAAGUGCACGCUGCCCAUGUUUGUGAACCUGACCUUCAGGGAGGUGAGGCAUUGGAGAUCUCAUAAAGACGUCGAUGAAUCCUCCCUCUGUGUCACCGUUCAUGAAAGUAUUGAGCAGCUAUUCUGGUCCUUGGAAAAGAAGUGUGGUCAGAAACUGGUCUCUAGGGCUCUUGGUUACAUCACCAUGGCCAAAAUGGGUUUGAGUGAAAUGGAACUGGAGGAUGUGUUGGCCCUAGACAACAGUGUCAUGAAUGAGCUCAAUGAGAACGCUAGGCCCAGCAAUCCCCUGAGAGUACCUUAUCUGUACAUCGCGAGGCUCAAGGAGGGUCUCAGCGGAUACUUGAUAGAAAGACACGUGAAGAACGUCACACUCCUGGUCUGGGCCAACAGACACCUGCAGCUCAUAGCCCAGAAGUUGUAUCUGCAGGAAGACAGUGACCUGCGUGAAAUGCACACCAUCCUGGCAGACUACUUCCUGGGAGUCUGGUCAGGGGGCAGGAGGAAAGUUUUCUGCCUCGAAGACCCCUACUUGAAUGGCUGCCUUGACUUGGACAGCAGAAGCCUGCUGGAGGAAGAAAAGCACUUCAUGGAACAGGCCUCCUUUGACAGACAGGCUCCAGACCAGCCCUGGGUUUUCCAGUGUAAUCCCCUGGAGCCGGACAUCUUUUUUGUCAAUCAUCGGAAAAUGUCUGAGCUCUUGCACCACCUGACAAGGUGUGGAAAAACCGAAGACCUGCUUUACGGAAUCAUCAUGAACUUCAGCUGGCUUUACACCAUGAUCAAAAUUGGCCAGUUCGACAAAGUGCUUUCAGACAUCGAGCUGGCUUACACCUACUCUCAAGAGAAGGAGCUGAAGUUCCUGGCGAGCACUCUCCGUGGCAUCAAAAACAAGGUCACUGCAUUUCCGGGCUCCCUUUCAGCAGAGCUUCAGCAAAGACUGCUGCCUGUCGUGAGUUCCCUGCCCAAACUUAGACACCUCCUUUUAGAAUGUGACAAAGACGGGCCCAAAUAUUGCUCCAUUGUGCCGUUACAUUCAUCCAUGGACGUGACAUAUAGCCCGGAGCGUCUUCCUUUGUCAUCUAGUCACCUGCAUGUCACCGAGAUUCUGCCCACCUGUAACCCGAGUACUGUCCUUGCAGCUUUAGAAAAUGGUUCCAUCAGCACGUGGGAUGUGGAAACUCGUCAGCUGCUCAGGCAAAUCACCACAGCCCAGUCUGUCAUCCUGGGCAUGAAACUCACCAGUGACGAGAAGUAUCUUGUGGUGGCUACGACAAAUAACACCUUGUUGGUUUAUGACAAUGUGAAUUCUUGUCUUCUGUCUGAAGUGGAAAUCAAAGGGACCAAGCACGGAAGCGGCUCCACCUACAUCAAUGGAUUUACCCUGUCGGUCAACCACGCCCUUGCGUGGCUUGAAGCCAGCAAAGAUGUCACUGUCAUCGAUCUGCUCUACGGAUGGCCCCUUUAUCAGUUCCACUGCUGGUACGAAGUGACCUGUGUCCAGUGCUCUCUGGAUGGCAUGUAUGCUUUCUGUGGACAGUACCUGAACACCACUACCAUAUUUCAUUUAGGGAGUGGAGAAAAGUUAUGUACAGUGACAUCUGAAUUUUCGGGUGGGUUUGUGAAGUUUCUUCUUAUCUUGGACACGGCUCAAGAAAUGGUAAUGGUAGAUAGUGAGGGAAGCCUUUCUGUUUGGAAUACUGAGGACAUUUCCAGUCCCCAGCUGACUGACGACUUUGACUGCAGAAGAGAAGACAGCGAGGUGGUCAGCAUAGAACUUUCAGAGGACCAAAACGCAAUUCUGAUCUGUAAAGCCCUCAGCAUCGAGCUCUUAGAUACUGGCAUGUGGAAGGUGGCUGAAAAGUUCAGAGCUAAGCACAAUGAACGCUUUAUAUCUGCUGUGCUGUCCAAGAAUGGAGACUGCAUCAUCGCGACCAUGGAAAAUACCUCAGCUGUGUUUUUUUGGAGGCGGGACACGGGACAAUGUAUGGCAAGCUUACAGGAAAUCUCAGGGACCAUCGUCAAGUUGGUGAAAUCUAGUCACCACAACAUGCUGCUAUCUUUAUCAACCAGUGGUGUUCUUUCCAUCUGGGAUAUAGAUAUAAUCACGGCUAUGUCCAACAUAGAUAAGACUGGGAAGCCCAUCCAAAGCCUGGUGUUACCUGCUAGAGGGGAAAUCAUUUAUUCCCUCGAUGGCUCUGAUUGUGUCCAUAAGUGGAAUUUCAGCAGUGGGUUCCUUGAAGCAGUGUUUAAGCAUGAAGGAAUAGUCGAACACUGCGUGUUGACAUCCUCUGGAGAUGUAAUGGUGACCUCAGAUGAUAAAAGCAGCCAGUAUGUCUGGCACACCAGCAGUGGCGAAAACCUCUUCCGAAUUAACGGGCAGAGAAUAUCUCAGCUGCUAAUUACACACAAUGACCAGUUUGUGGUCUCUCUGUGUGAGGAAAAUGCCUCCAGGGUUUGGAGACUGGCCACAGGCCACAGGGUCUGCAACAUUUUGACCACUUUGCAGAAUGCCUUUAUCACCUCAGCGAAUACCUUCGUGGUGGGAAUGACCAAAAGCAAAGUGCUGGCGGUCAGUCUCUGGACCGGAAGCAUCACCAAGAAAUUUUGUUGUGAAGACGGCACGACCAUUGUAAGUUUUAAAUUGAUCCCUGACUGUCCUGACAUCAUUGUGUUUAUCACAUCGGCCGAGACCGUGAAUAUCUGGAGUCUGACCGAUGAGGUGAUCUGUCGCCGUGUGCAGCUUCCCAACAACUUCUUGAAAAAUCUGGAGGAUUUCGAAAUUUCUCCCAACGGAAAGCUAGGCAUUAUAUCCAGGGGAGACGACAAUAUCAACGUACUGGAUUUACACAGCGGUAAGUUACGGGUGGUUCACGCCUCUGGGGUCAUCUGGCGGCAAAGGCUGUCCCGAGAUGGUCGCUACCUGGUAUACAUUUGUUUCCGAAACGGGGAGGAAGAGGACGAGAACGGCGUGAUAUCCAGUUUGAUUGUAAUGAGGCUGGCUGACGGCAAAAUUAUCGGUGCUUGUUCCCUUUACAAAACACCAACUUUUCUCGCCCUCUCACAGAGGCACCUGAACAUCAUAGUGGGUUUUGAUGAUGGCAGUAUAGGGAUAUACACAGUGGUCGACCGUGUGGAUGCUGCACUGAAAAUCAAGAUCGCCACGUCAAAUAGCAGGCAGAUUUUCAACAACGCGACACAGGCCUCCCGGCCGAAGUGUAGCAGUUACUGUUUCAAAGUGUCUGUGGAUUGCUUAUGGAGAGAGUCUACUGAGGUCUUUGCCAGAGACAGUCCCAUCACGGUGAGCGACUCCACUGAGCCCAAUGAGGCGACACCCUCCAAGAAACACAAUCCCUGCUGUGACCGCGGGUGCUCCGCCCUGGAAUCCAGGGGCCACAGCUAUGCCCCCGACAACUGACACAGCGCUUUUCCUGCUCAGCAGACAUAAACGAUACACAUACAAAAGGGGGG